CAUUCAAGAAUUUACCAAUUUAUUGGGAAAAAUUCGUCCAGAUUGUUUGGAAAAGAAUGGAAUGAGUCCACUUGUACAGGCUUGUUUUAAAGGGAAUGAAGAAAUCGUUAAAAUGUUGUUAGAAAUUGGUGCUAAUGCCGAUAUACGUUAUCACGAUCAAGGAUAUACUCCUUUAAUGAAAACCAAAAAUCUGUCAACUCCUUUUGGACGCUGGGGCAAGUACUCACGUCGAAAAUUCUAUUGGCAAAACUGCAGGGGAAAUGGCAGCAUUUGUCAAUAUGAGUGUGUCAGUGUUAUUAAUGCCCACAUUGGAGUAGAGGAUGUUAAUAAAAUUUUACAUCCACAAGGGGAAAAAAGCGAAAAAAUCUACCCAAACGAACUCGUUGAUUUUAUACAUCGACUAACUCGAACACAUUUAUUUCAUCCUGUUCGAUUAAUUUUUGAUGUUGUUGGUGAUGGAGUUAUUUGGGAAAACAGGGAAAAGACUGUUUGGACUGUUGACAGACUUUUUGAAAAACAAUUGAGAACAAAAGAACCUAACGAAGUAAUUUUAGUAAAAAUAGGGUCUAUUAGAUAA